CUCUCACUCUCCUAACUUCUUCUCCACUCCUAUAAAAAAAAAACCAAGAGAGCUCCAUACAAAUUACUAUUUUUUACAGUUUCCAAUUUCAUAUUUUCACCGUGGUUAAAAAAAAAAAAAAACAAUGGCCUCGUCUGACGGAUUAGCGAGCGUUGACCUUUGGUCGUUCCGACAAAGCUUUAACAACAUCGACUCAUGGUUACUUCCAGAUCCUUUCUCACACGACAGUGAUAUACUCUCCAAAGCCCUCCACAAAUCCAUCUCCGAUCCUCUCCCUCCUUCACCUUACUUCGACUCCGAUCUCUCUCCUCCUCAAACCAUCUCCAACGUCUCCUUCGGCUCAGAUCCCGACGUCGCCGCCGUCGCCGGCGGCGACGGUGGUUUGAAGCGGAAGCGUGGUCCAGGUGUCUCCGGAGGCAAACCGGCGAAACGCCGAUCUCGAGUUUCCACCAAGAAGUCUCAGACGACGUUUAUAACGGCGGACGCGGCGAACUUCCGGCAGAUGGUUCAGCAAGUCACCGGCGCGAAGUUCAUCGGUUCUUCUCACGGUUUUUUUGCUCCGGUUGUUAAGCCGGAGCCGCAUAGGCUCGCUACUAGGGUGCCAUUCUCGGCUGUUCCGACGCUAGAUACGUCGUCGUUUUUGUCUAACCAUCAACAGGAGAAUAUGGUAACAGAGGUGGGCUCUGUUUCGGCCCAUGUAAGUUCGGCCCAUGUAAGUUCAGCGGGUGUUGGUGGUGGAUCGGCCGUGGAGUUGGAUAGUUACCCGAGCUUCCCGACGCUUGAGUCGUGGAAAGUUAUGUGAUCUAAUCUGAUUUUUUAAUUUUUAGUGUUUUGUAGAUGUAAUCUUUUUUUUUUCUAAAGCUACUCUUUAGAUCCCCUCUUGUAUCUUUCUUUAUUUUUAAUUUGGUUAAUGAAUUAGCUUUGUUAUCUAUCGUCUUGAGCUUUUGUUUAUACUCUGCUUUGCUUUGUUUUUUUAUAAGUUUAAUGAAUAUGGAGCUUUUG